CUCGAAACCCCGCCAGUGCAGAAUCUGGAGGUGUCGGGGACGCGUCGACACGCGUGUCCGUGACUGGCUGCUGCGUGUGCGUAAAGGCGCAAAGUAACUUUCUCCCCGCAGCCCGCUCGCAGCUCUCAGUGUCGGUGCGCAGCGAGUUCGCUCCAGAGCUGAACGGAUUUCUCACUCUGCUGUCCCGGUGGAUACUAUCAACAUGCAAUUUAUUAGGUCUACUCAUUACCACUGGUGGAUAUUUGUGCUCUCCUUUCAUCCGUUUUUCUGCGCCUCUCUGGCUCGGACCGAGGGGAAUACGAUCCGCUACCAGUGCAAUGAGGAGGAGCCGGCGGGCACGGUGAUCGGAAACCUGGCCAAGGACAUGUCCUUGAACCCGCCCCACUCCUCCAGGACCAAUUUUCGAAUGAUGAGGCAGUUUAAUGACUCGUUCAUUCGGGUGAGGGAGAGCGACGGGCAACUGAGCGUCGGGGAACGGAUGGACCGGGAAAGAAUGUGCCGACACACUCCACAGUGUCUCGUCACUUUUGAUGUGGUGAAUUUUUCCAAAGAGCGCUACAGAUUGAUCCACGUCGAGGUGGAGGUAAAAGACAUCAAUGACAACUCUCCGGAGUUUCCCAGCGCCGAGUCUGUGGUGGAGAUUUCGGAAAACGCAGCCGUGGGCUCUCAUAUUCCUUUGGACCCGGCCGUGGACGCGGACGUGGGCUCCAACUACAUCCAAAGCUAUCAGAUUUCUGUCAACAGUCACUUCACCAUUGAUGUGCUCCUGAGAGCAGAUGGGGUUAAAUAUGCAGAAUUGGUCUUAAUGAAGGAGCUUGACAGGGAGAAACAGGCAUCGCUCCCUUUGGAUCUGACGGCCACAGACGGCGGGAACCCAUCCAGGUCCGGUUUGACCAAGAUAACCGUCCGAGUGACGGACUUUAACGACAACAGUCCGGUUUUUGAUCAAAAUAGUUUCUCGGUGAGUUUGCCAGAGGACGCACCGGUCGGCAGCGUGAUCCUGGACCUGAACGCGGUAGACGCUGACGAAGGUCCGAAUGGCGAGGUUGUCUACGGUUUCGGAAAACAGGUUUCUCACGAGAUCCGGGAUCUUUUCCACGUGGAUAGCAAAUCGGGCCGCCUGACCCUCAGGAGCCCGGUGGACUUUGAGGACAAGCGUACGUACGAGCUGGACGUGCAAGCCACCGACCUGGGCCCCAACCCGACGCCCUCGGUUUGCAAAAUCGUCAUUCACGUGAGCGACGUCAAUGACAACGCACCAGGCAUCAGCAUCACCCCCAUGACCUCUAUCACCACAGGCACAGCACACAUAAGUGAGGCAGCGGAAAAGGACAGCCUGGUGGCCUUGGUCACAACCUCGGACCGGGACUCUGGGGUCAACAGCCAAGUCCACUGCACCCUCUACGGUCACGACCACUUCAAACUACGGCAAGCCUAUGAGGACAGCUACAUGAUAGUGACAGCGGCCCCCUUAGACCGCGAAAGGAUCAGCGAGUACAACCUCACAGUCAUGGCCGAGGAUUUCGGGUCACCCCCUCUCAGAAAGAUCACCCAGUACACCAUCCGAAUCAGCGACGAGAACGACAAUGCGCCCCACUUCACCAAGCCCGUGUACGAGGUGUCGGUGGCGGAGAACAACGCCCCCGGAGCCUACCUCGCCACCGUGGAGGCCACAGAUGCCGAUUUGGCCUACAACGGCAAAAUUACCUACAGACUCGUGGACAGUCUGAUUAUGGGGUCCCCCGUGAACACCUUUGUCUCGCUCAAUUCGGUGUCAGGGUCCAUCUACGCCCUGCGAAGUUUCAACUACGAGGUCAUGAGGCAGUUGGACGUGCACGUCCAAGCCAGCGACGGCGGCUCCCCGCAGCUGCAGAGCACGGCCGUCAUCCGUUUGAAAAUAGUCGAUCAGAACGACAACGAGCCUUCUAUUAUCGAACCGCCUCUUUACAAAGGCUCUGCGGAUGUCUUUCUGCCUAAAGACGCCCCUGCGGGUUACGUGGUUACGCAGAUAAAGGCCACGGACGCAGACGAGGGCCUGAACGCGCAGCUGUCCUACAAAAUCACAGAAGGGGGGCUGCUGGGUUUCUCAGUAGACAAAGACACAGGGAAGGUGCACGUGAGCCGACAGUUGACGUACGACCUCACGGACAAUGUCAAAGUGGUGGUGUCAGUCAGCGACAACGGCUCUCCUUCUCUGACCUCCAGUGCGAUCAUACACUUCAAUUUCAUCGAGGGCACAGUCCCCAGCGUGCCCUCAUCCGCUCAGGACGGCGACGAGUAUCUAUUUGAGUGGGACACGUCCGUGGCCGUCAUUAUCAUCCUGGCGGGGAGCUGCUCCCUCCUCCUGCUAGCUAUCAUUCUCAUCACAACCAUUUGCAGCCGACGCAGGAAAGAGACGAGGGAGGGCUACGAUGACAGGGAGGAGGCACCCAAAAAGGCCGAGAGUGUGGAGAGCGGACGCGUGGACAAGCUGAUCGUCGGUCACAUGGGCACAGCCUUUGAGCCGCACACCUUCCAAGAGCAGCCGCCCGUGGCCGCCAGCAAUGUGGCCGAGAUGACCUGCGAGGACGGGCACCAGGCGGCGGGCGUCUUUGAGCCCAACAACAGGGUCAUGGAGGGCAAAUUAAAGGGCUAUUCCACUCUGCCCGGCUACGGCAAGGAAGCCGUCAGACCAAUAACAAUAUGGAAGGGUAAUUCGUUCACAACAAUCUCAGCGAGGGACCCUCACAUCAGCGGCAAGGACAGCGGCAAAGGGGACAGCGACUUUAACGACAGCGAUUCCGACAUAAGCGGGGACGUGCACAAAAAAGACUCGCCCCCCACAAACGCUCUGUGGGCGUGCACGAGCGAGUGCAAAGUGCUGGGCCACUCGGACAGAUGCUGGAGCCCGUCGGCCACCAGGCCCAAUACCAGCGUGGCCUCCGGGUCCAACCUGACGACUUUCUCCAAGACGGCUUCGCUUCCUCGGGACACCAGGAGGGAACACUACUAUCCAUCGCACGUGCCCAAAGGCAACGGCCUGCAAAGCGUGUACGAAAAAGUUCAACACCAGGAGUUUGAUUAUAUUCUCGUCGGCCCGCCCACACCUGCCAGAAUACAGGAAACUGACGAGAUCUCCAUUCCAGAGUACACAAACUCUUAAAAACAUUCCAUUGUACACUACAUUGUAACUGACUCGACUGUGUGUUGUGAUUGGUUGUAU